AUGGAUCGCAUCGAGCCUGUGGACGGCUCUCUCGAUCCCUCGGAGGGCCAGCGUCCAUCUUCUGCCCACCUUUCGACACCUGAGGCUCCAGCUGCACCAACGUCAUAUCUCCGACCACGAGCCCCGUCCCUCCGCCCACGCCGUCCAAGUAUCCGCAUUCAACGUCCACCAUCGUUCAGCGGUUUGAAUCUACAAGGACAGCGAAAUGUUGGCUCCACGAGCAAUUUGAUCUCGAACUUCGAUAACAAUGCACAAAAACCUCGCCGGAAAUCCAAUUUUGGUGGAUCGGAGGCGGCUGGGAAUGUUCAAAAUGAGCAGACCGGUGGUGGUGCAGACAGUGACGGCGACGCUGCCUGGCAGGGUCGUCGGCGCAGCAGCUCUGAACCUCGUCCUGGCCACUGGUCGCGCCCCGAUCCCUUUGGUCCCCCACGAGUGGUGAUCGGUGAUCAGACGAACGCCAUGCCCAUGUACUCGUUGAAGGAGGAGUCUUCCAGCCCUCAGAGCCCGGUCGCCGAAAUAUCAUCCUCACAGCCCUUUGUCACGGAACAGUUGUUGCAGCCCACUCCGCCGAUGGCCCCACGGCCAGGCAAUCGGAAUAUGUUGCGUCGAACCAGCGAGGCGGCCCUCAAUCGCUUCUCUCGGAAUCGUGCGUCAACUGUCAAUGGGACAAUGUCUGUCACGCCGCCUCCGAACCCGGAUGCCACGGAAUACCGGUCUCAAAUUGUGGAUGUGCUGGAUGUUAUCGACCCCGAAGUAUCAGCUCUAUCCACCCUCACAAACGUGCAAAACUCCCUCUUUAUUCCCAAUCUGGGUACGUGGGUAAACCGUAUGCCGACAUAUACGCUCUCACCUCCUCGGCCUCGUGAUCAGGACUCUAGCGAAACAGAAAGCGAUGAAUCGACAGACGCGGAAAAGAAAGGAAGUCGUCCAACCCUACAGCCAUCUGCCAGUCUUUCCUCUGUCCUUGACGAAAGCCCCGAGCGCCGGUUUGCCGUUCUGCCCGAAGAGAUGACCUUGGAAGGAUGGACUAAGGAAGAGGUGGAGGAACUGAAUGACCGUGUCAGGCACAUGUUACAUUCGCGCCGUUCUGCCUUCAAGCGGGCCAUGGUAGGGUUUGGGAAAUAUGUAUCCAAACCUCUCGGUUUUCUGGUCACUCUCUACGCGACCCUGAUUACCCUGUUUGGCCUUGCCUGGGUACUUUUCCUUAUCGGCUGGAUCAAUGUGGGCGGGAAACAGCUCUAUGUCAUUAACGUCAUCGACAACGUCCUCGUGGCUCUCUUCGCCAUCAUGGGUGACGGGCUGGCUCCCUUCCGCGCCGUCGAUACCUACCACAUGAUCUUCAUCGCCCGCUACACCUUUUUGACCUGGAAGAUCCGCCAGAAGCGCGCCCUCCCCGCUCUCAAAGACAAGAACGACCUGCCUGCCCGCCCCGAGGCCGCAGUCGACGUCGAAUACGGCAACACCCCCUUCGGCGAGGAGCACGAGUUCUCCGUCCUCAAUUGCGCCCAGCAGCUCAAGCUCAUCCACCAUCAGGAAAAGUUCGCCAAAUCCCACACGUUUUACAAACCCCACGAAACCCCCACCCACCACGCCUUCCCGCUCCGCCUCCUCGUCGCCAUCGUCGUUCUCCUCGACUGCCACUCUCUUUUCCAGAUCGCCCUCGGCGCCUGCACCUGGGGCAUCAGCUACCACGUCCGUCCCUUCGCCCUCACCACCGUCAUCCUGUGCUGCUCACUCACCUGCAACAUCACCGGCGGCAUCCUCAUCAUGAUCGGCGACCGCCGCACCCGCAAGAAGGACGUCGUCGAGCGCCUCUUCCGCCAGCAGCUCACCGAACAGGCCGUCAAGAAGAUGCAGAAGAAGAAGCGCAAGGAGGAGGAGCGCAAGUCCAUGGACCAGGAGCGCAAGUCCUUCGAUUUCCGCAAAUCCUUCGAUCAGUCCCGCAGGUCACUCGACCUGCGCAAAUCCAUGGACCAGUCGCGCCGUCCCCUGGAUCACUCGCGGUCGCCUUCAUCGAGCGAUCCCACACACCCGGGCCCGUACCAGGGCACCUGA